CCUCAUCGUGGGCCGCGGAACCACUUCCCUCAGUACGCAUGCGCUUAGGCGUUUGCCGGCCCGCCUGAAACCUCGGCGGAAGGAGUUCCUUCUUUCUCUUCCGGGGUGGGCGCCAUCGCGCUUGGGAAACCGGUACGGUUCAGAGAUGGGCAAGUUCAUGAAACCUGGGAAGGUGGUCCUGGUCCUGGCCGGGCGCUAUUCGGGCCGGAAAGCCGUCAUCGUCAAGAACAUUGACGAUGGUACAUCGGACCGGCCCUACAGCCAUGCUCUUGUGGCAGGAAUCGACCGCUAUCCACGCAAAGUGACAGCCAGCAUGGGCAAGAAGAAGAUCGCCAAACGGUCCAAGAUCAAGUCCUUUGUGAAAGUGUAUAAUUACAACCACUUGAUGCCCACAAGGUAUUCCGUUGAUAUCCCCCUGGACAAAACUGUUGUCAACAAGGAUGUAUUUCGGGACCCUGCCCUAAAACGCAAAGCACGGCGAGAGGCCAAAGUGAAAUUUGAAGAAAGAUACAAGACAGGCAAGAACAAGUGGUUUUUCCAGAAACUCAGGUUCUAAAUUGCAUGGAGAUGUAUCAAUAAAUGAUUUUGGAAAACCUC